CCUUUGCGUGUACUCUUCUGUGGCGCAGAUGAGUUCAGCAUAUAUUCACUCAAGGCUCUUAACAAAAUCAGAAAAGAAAACCCUGAAAAAGUAGCUUCCAUCGACGUGGUAUGCAGGAAGGACAAGCGUGUUGGUCGAGGACUGAAGCAGAUUCGUGAAGUUCCAAUCAAAAGCGUGGCAGGUACUGAGCUGGACCUCAAUGUACAUCAGAUUGACACAUUCACUGGCUGGACUCCACCUCAGCCUUUCAACUUGGUGGUCGCUGUUUCCUUUGGCUUGCUUGUUCCGCCGCGUAUUCUGAAUGCAGCCAAGUAUGGCGGUCUCAACGUGCACCCUUCAAUGCUUCCUGACUUGCCUGGUCCGGCGCCUUUACAUCAUACAUUAUUGCGACGACUAAGUAAGACUGGUGUGACUCUACAAACAUUGCAUCCCAAACAUUUCGAUCAGGGCAGAAUCAUUGAUCAGACCUCUGCUUCCGGACUCUCUGUCCCAGACGAAGCAUCGGCCACUCUAGACUCACUACUGGCUUGGAUUGGUCCACUUGGUGCUGACAUGCUCUAUACCAACAUCAUGAAUGGCAGUUUUGCUACAGACACCGACAAGAAGCCUGCAGCUAGCCGAAGCCUCAAAAACACGAAGAACGAUCUGUUCGGUCAGCUAGACGGAUCAGCUGAGUAUCCUCGCCACGCCAGAAAGAUCAUACCAGAAGACCGACACGUCAACUUCCGCUGGCCAUCAUCUGAGAUUUUACUGAGAGAUCGUGUCCUUGGUCGACUCUUC